GGAGGCACAGCAGCUCCCGGAGUCUCGGCGCCCGGAGGGAGCCCCCCCUCGCCUAUCUUUCUAGCAAUGCGCUGGCUGUGCUGUGCCCUGCCGCCCGUGGCGAUGCUGCUGCUGCUGCUGAGCCUGAGCGCCAGCCCAGGAACCUCCAGCCCAGUGAAUCCAUGCUGCUAUUUCCCAUGCCAACACAAAGGCGUGUGCGUCCGAGUUGGCACCGAGGGUUAUGAAUGUGAUUGCACCCGGACUGGAUACUUCGGCACCAACUGUACAUCGCCGGAGUUCUGGAUGAGGCUACGAGAUGCCCUAAAGCCCAGCCCGGCUUUCUACCACUUCAUCUUGACCCACUUCCGGUGGUUCUGGAACAUCAUCAACAACACCUUCAUCCGAGACACGUUGAUGCGUCUGGUACUGACAGUCCGAGCUAACCUUGUUCCCAGCCCACCCACCUACAAUUCCGACUACGGGUACAUCAGCUGGGAGGCUUACGCCAACGUGAGCUACUUCACUCGUGUCCUCCCUCCAGUGCCCAGCGACUGCCCCACACCCAUGGGAACGAAAGGGCCGUUGCAGCUGCCCGAUGCAGAGCUGGUGGCGGAGGAGUUUUUCCUGCGCAGGACAUUCCGGCCUGAUCCGCAAGGGACAAACCUGAUGUUUGCCUUCUUCGCCCAGCACUUCACGCACCAGUUCUUCAAGACGUCGGGCAAGAUGGGCCACGGUUUUACCAGGGCUUUGGGCCACGGGGUGGACCUGGGCCACCUCUACGGGGACAAUUUGGAACGCCAACACCAGCUGCGGCUCUUCCGGGACGGGAAGCUAAAGUACCAGAUGGUGAAGGGGGAGAUGUAUCCCCCCACCGUGCUGGAAGCACCGGUGCACAUGAUUUACCCGAAGCACAUCCCUCCUGAGGAGCAGCUGGCCGUGGGGCAAGAGGUCUUUGGUCUCCUGCCGGGGCUCAUGAUGUACGCCACGAUCUGGUUGCGGGAGCACAACCGCGUCUGCGACCUGCUGAAGGAGGAGCACCCGACCUGGGAUGAUGAGCAGCUUUUCCAGACCACCAGGCUCAUCCUGAUUGGGGAGACCAUCAAAAUUGUCAUUGAGGACUACGUCCAGCAUCUCAGCGGCUACUACCUGCAGCUGAAGUUUGAUCCAGAGCUUCUCUUUGGGGCUCAGUUCCAGUACCGGAACCGCAUCGCGGUGGAGUUCAAUCAGCUGUACCAUUGGCACCCGCUCAUGCCAGAUUCCUUCAAGAUCCAGAGCGAAGAGUAUAACUACGACCAGUUUGUCUACAACACCACCAUGCUGAAAGACUAUGGCGUGGAGGCGCUGGUCGAGGCCUUUUCCAAGCAACGGGCUGGGCAGAUUGGCGGAGUCCCAAACAUCCACAAGAAAAUCCUGAGAGUGGCCAUCGGGGUCAUUGAGGAAUCACGGCUGUUGCGCCUCCAGUCUUUCAACGAAUACCGGAAGAGGUUCGGCAUGAAGCCCUACAGGUCCUUCCAGGAACUCACAGGGGAGGAAGAGCAGGCGGCCAGGCUGGAGGAGCUGUAUGGGGACGUCGACGCGGUGGAGUUCUACCCCGGCCUGCUCGUGGAGAAGAGCAACCCCAGCUCCAUUUUUGGGGAGAGCAUGGUGGAGAUUGGCGCCCCCUUCUCCUUGAAGGGUCUCUUGGGGAACCCCAUCUGCUCCCCGGAAUACUGGAAGCCCAGCACCUUCGGCGGCGCCACCGGCUUCGAGCUAGUGAACACAGCGUCGCUCCAGAAACUCGUGUGCCUCAACGUGAAGAGGUGCCCCUACGUGGCUUUCCGGGUGCCAGAUGAUAACGGAGAGGAAGCUUCGGCAGAACCAAGUGGCGGCAGCAGCAGCUCCGGAAAGAAGGGCCCGUCGACCGAACUCUAGCACCGUGGGGAGGUCUGGGGUUCCUCCUGGGCUCGGCCACGAUCCAGUUGGCUCUCCUCCUUUUUGGGAGGCAAGGGGUUUCCGUGGACUACAGCUGACAGGCAGAGAAAGAGAGAGAGAGAGAGAAAACACCUCUCCCCAUUAUCACACACACAUACACACCCUCCGGAGAUAUUUGAAAGGCCCUUUGCCGUUCCACCCAGAGAGGAGGAGGAGGAGGAGGAGGAGGAGGAGGAGGAGGAGGAAAACAGGUUUGUUUGACUGGGAGAAACUGAAGACUUUUGGGGGCGAAUCCCGGCCAGCGUCUCCUCCACACCCACCCGCUUCCUCCAAGCUAGUCUCGGCCACCCGGUCACAGAAGUAAUUUCAUUGCCUGCCAGGGCCCUGGGACCCCUUUUGCCCGAGGGCCGGAUUCCAUUUCAGUGAACUUCUCAGGGGCUGAUUUCUAAGAGUGGGUGGAACCUCAGGAAAGGGGGCGGGCCCAAAGGCAAAAAAGCGUGGGGCUGAAAUCCAAAAAAAUAUAAGCAUAUUUUGCCUUUUAGCCCUGAGCCUUAGGAGACGUCAACGUCUUAGAACAGGGGUGGGGAGCUGCAAAACCAAGAGAGACCACCCAAUGAUCAGAGGUUCUAGGGGAGGUGUGGGGUCCGGGGAAAGGGUGCGGCCAUCCGGCAAACUCCGGACAGUAGGAUUGGGACCCCAAGUCAGCCAGGUUUGGCUCGCAGGUCUGGUCAGCAGCCCCUAGACAUUCUGCUGCCCAAGGUGUGACCCACCCACCCCUGUGUUUGCCCAAGAGAAGCUGAGACCAUUAAACCUGCUUUAAGCCUGUAGUAUAGCGGUGCCCAAACUAAACCCAGGGAGAGAAAGCGUGUGCCUUUGGGACUGUGUGCGUCUCUUUCUCUGUGUGUGGUCUGUGUGAAUUUCUCCCAGGGGAAAGGUGUGUUGGAGCAGGAGAGAACUGAUACCGUGAAUUACGGCGGG